CACACUGCCGCUACCCUCUUGGCAUGGAGGAUGGCAGAAUCAAAGACCAUGACAUCACCGCCUCCAGCCAAUGGUACGAGACCACCGGGCCACAAUAUGCCAGGUAAGUGUUCAUUGAUUACAGCACAGCACAAUGCCUAGUGUAUGAAGUGUGACAUUAAUCUUUCGUUGCAUUCUUGGACUGUGGUAAAAAAAUACACAAAUCCCUUUCUUCCUGCAUUCCAUUCAUUUGCUUCCUUUAUCUUCCUCUCUGUGCCCCACUCUCUCCUCUUCAUAUUUAUUGAUUUAGUGGUAUCCCAAUUUGUUGCAACUUAUUGAUGAUGAACUUUCCAUACAUUUAGUCAUCAUUUAGUCAUCUUUCCAUACAUUUAGUCAUCAUUUACAUUUAGUCAUCUUUCCAUACAUUUAGUCAUCAUUUAGUCAUCUUUCCAUACAUUUAGUCAUCUUUCCAUACAUUUAUUCAUCAUUUAGGCAUCAUUUAGGCAUUAUUUAGUAAUCUUCUAUAUUUGUCUCUGUUUUAUAUAUUGGUAAAAAAAUAAUAAUCACAUUUUAUGUACGUUCAUGCAUUUUUUAGUAUUUUUUUUUUAACCUUUAUUUAACUAGGCAAGUCAGUUAAGAACAAAUUCUUAUUUACAAUGACGACCUAAUAUGUACCAAGAUGUUCAAAUCAACCUAAACCUAUCUGGGUGCAGGUUGAACCGGGAGGAGGGUGACGGGGCGUGGUGCCCAGCGGGGCUCCUGCAGCCCUCUGACACCCAAUACCUGCAGGUCGACCUGGGCCAGCUCACCUUCCUGACAGUGGUGGGCACCCAAGGCCGCUACGCCCGGAACUCGGGUAAAGAAUUUGCCCGCAUGUACCGCCUGAACUACAGCCACGAUGGCCAGCUCUGGAGGUCCUGGAGGAAUCGCCUUGGCAACAAGGUGAGGGAGUGAGGGAAGUAAGGAGUGCAGGAAAGGGAAGUGGCAUAAAGAAUGAGGGGAAGGGAGGGGAAAAGUAGUGUGUUAUGUCCUUUCCAUAUGUUUAUAACUAUUAUGAGCCAUUUGAGGGGAAAUAUUUUUUUGUUGUUGCUGAAAUGACCAGAGCACAAACAUUCUGAAUUUGGCUGACAAAUAUAUAGAGUAUGUUUAGUUGUGGUCAAAUACAGUUGUAGAUGGACAAACAACAGAGGAAAGGAUUUUGUCCAGGCUAGGCCAAAUAAAUAUUCUGUAGGCUUUGGAAUGAUUGUAAAACCAGAAUGCAUUGCAUUACAGUGUUGUGUUCCACGAGACAAAGUGUAAAUAGGGAUUAUUAUGGGUGUAAUUUAUUAUAGAAUAUAUGCUAUUUAGCUAUUUAGCCAAUACAGUGGGGAGAACAAGUAUUAGAUACACUGCCGAUUUUGCAGGUUUUCCUACUUACAAAGCAUGUAGAGGUCUGUAAUUUUUAUCAUAGAUACACUUCAACUGUGAGAGACGGAAUCUAAAACAAAAAUCCAGAAAAUCUCAUUGUAUGAUUUUUAAGUAAUUCAUUUGCAUUUUAUUGCAUGAGAUAAGUAUUUGAUCACCUACCAACCAGUAAGAAUUCCGGCUCUCACAGACCUGUUAGUUUUUCUUUAAGAAGCCCUGCUGUUCUCCACUCAUUACCUGUAUUAACUGCACCUGUUUGAACUCAUUACCUGUAUAAAAGACACCUGUCCACACACUCAAUCAAACAGACUCCAACCUCUCCACAAUGGCCCAGACCAGAGAGCUGUGUAAGGACAUCAGGGAUACAAUUGUAGACCUGCACAAUGCUGGGAUGGGCUACAGGACAAUAGGCAAGCAGCUUGGUGAGAAGGCAACAACUGUUGGCGCAAUUAUUAGAAAAUGGAAAAAGUUCAAGAUGACGGUCAAUCACCCUCGGUCUGGGGCUCCAUGCAAGAUCUCACCUCGUGGGGCAUCAAUGAUCAUGAGGAAGGUGAGGGAUCAGCCCAGAACUACAUGGCAGGACCUGGUCAAUGACCUGAAGAGAGCUGGGACCACAGUCUCAAAGAAAACCAUUAGUAACACACUACGCCGUCAUGGAUUAAAAUCCUGCAGCGCACGCAAGGUCCCCCUGCUCAAGCCAGCGCAUGUCCAGGCCCGUCUGAAGUUUGCCAAUGACCAUCUGGAUGAUCCAGAGGAGGAAUGGGCGAAGGUCAUGUGGUCUGAUGAGACAAAAAUAGAGCUUUUUGGUCUAAACUCCACUUGCCGUGUUUGGAGGAAGAAGAAGGAUGAGUACAACCCUAAGAACACCAUCCCAACCGUGAAGCAUGGAGGUGGAAACAUCAUUCUUUGGGGAUGCUUUUCUGCAAAGGGGACAGGACGACUGCACCGUAUUGAGGGGAGGAUGGAUGGGGCCAUGUAUCGCGAGAUCUUGGCCAACAACCUCCUUCCCUCAGUAAGAGAAUUGAAGAUGGGUCAUGGCUGGGUCUUCCAGCAUGACAACGACCCAAAAUACACAGCCAGGGCAACUAAGGAGUGGCUCCGUAAGAAGCAUCUCAAGGUCCUGGAGUGGCCUAGCCAGUCUCCAGACCUGAACCCAAUUGAACAUCUUUGGAGGGAGCUGAAAGUCCGUAUUGCCCAGCGACAGCCCCGAAAGUGGGCCAAAAUCCCUGCUGCAGUGUGUGCAAACCUGAUCUACAGGAAACGUAUGAUCUCUGUAAUUGCAAACAAAGGUUUCUGUACCAAAUAUUAAGUUCUGCUUUUCUGAUGUAUCAAAUACUUAUGUCAUGCAAUAAAAUGCAAAUUAAUUACUUAAAAAUCAUAUAAUGUGAUUUUCUGGAUUUUUGUUUUAGAUUCCGUCUCUCACAGUUGAAGUGUACAUAUGAUAAACAUUACAGACCUCUACAUGCUUUGUAAGUAGAAAAACCUGCAAAAUCGGCAGUGUAUCAAAUACCUGUUCUCCCCACUGUAUAUGCUUUCAUCCAAAGUGACAGGAGUACAUGCAUAUAUUCUCAUAUUGGUGACCUCACCAGGAAUCGAACCCACAACCUUGACAGCACCAAGCUCCACCCACUGAGUCACACAGGACCGCUCUGUAAUUGAACUAGUUCUAAUCUCUUGUCAGACAAUGGAGGCGAACGACAACGCCUAUGCCUCUGUGAUCAAAGACCUGCACCCUCCCAUCAUCAGCCGCUACCUCCGUCUCAUCCCCGUCACCAAGAUGCCCACCACUGUGUGUAUGAGACUGGAGCUGUAUGGGUGCCCCUGGCAUGGUGAGAGCUCCACACACACACACAUGCAUGCGCACACACGUACACCAUUGGAGGUAUAGUCAUGUGUGUGUGGUCACCCAGAUCAGUGGAGGCUCCUCAGAGGAGGAAGGGGAGGACCAUCCUCCUCAGUGAAUUUCAUUAAAAAAUAUUUUUUUAAAUAUUUUAAAAAGUUAUCCUUUUUAGAUCAAAACUAUACUAAAUAUAAUCACGUCACCAAAUAAUUGAUUAAAACACACUAUUUUGCAAAGAAGGUCUACAGUAGCCUCCACAGCACUCUGUAGGGUAGGACCAUGGUGUAGCCAGAGGACAGCUAGCUUCCGUCCUCCUCUGGGUACACUGACUUCAAUACAAAAACCCAGGAGGCUCAUGGUUCUCACCCCCUUCCAUAGACUUACACAGUAAUUAUGACAACUUCCAGAGGACGUCCUCCAACCUAUCAGAGCUCUUGCAGCAUGAACUGAUAUGUUGUCCACACAAUCAAAGGAUCAGAGAAUGAAUCUAGCACUGAAAGCAUAAGCUACAGCUAGCUAGCACAGCAGUGCAUAACAUGUGGUGAGUAGUUGACUCAAAGAGAGAGAAAGACAAUAGCUGAACAGUUUUGAAUAAAUUAAUUUCUUCCAAAAUGGAGAAGCAAGAGAGAAAUAGAGAGAGAGAUUUUGUCAUUUCUUUUCACUUUCAGUUUCACUUACCUAGCAAAUGCAGCUAGCUAGUUUAGCCUACUCAAACACCCUGCUCAAACAGAUGGAUGCUAUGUUAGCUAGCUGGCUAUGACUAUCUAACACAACACUGGAACUCUUCCAAAUCAAGGUAAUCUUCUGGUUUUACUAAUUUAUUGCCACCAGGGGCCCGCUGGUGUAACUGCUUACUAACUGUACACUGUAACGUUACUGCAUGAUUGUAGCGGGUUUACUAACGCAUUAGUUCUAUUAGCUAUGCUGACUAUGACGUUACUUUAGCUAAUAUGGUGACAACGAUGUAGGUAGUGGUUUGGCUUGGAAAGGUUUUUUCGCCUGGUCACAUACAGCUGAUGUGUUGUGCGUUGAAGUCCACAAGCGAAGGGAAGAGGUGAGAGGAGGAGAGCUCAUGCGAGAAGGAAUACAACGUGGAUGCUGUGAAAGUGAACUGUGUUUACGCGUGAUCAGGGGUGUAUUCAUUCCGCUGAUUCUGUUGAAAAAUGUUUCUUAAACAGAAGCAAGUGGAACAAAACAGGGAUAAACAUACCUGAAUUUGUUCAAUAGAAACUCUCGACUAAUGAUUACACCCUAUAUCAGCUAGAUGCAGGCAAGAGUGUGCAAGAAGGUAUUGAAUGUAUCACUGUCUGUACAUGUGUCACUGUCUGUCACCUCUAAUUUGUCUCUCGACCUGUGUGCACCUACAUUGUAAACUUUCUUUCAUAGGCUCAAACGCCCUCCCUCAUCUUAAACGGCACUGACCGCCACACGAUGUACACACAUCAGAGGAGGCUGGUGGGAGGAGCUAUAGGAGGACAGGCUCAUUGUAAUGGCUGGAAUGGCAUUAAUGGAACGGAGUCCAACAUGUAAUUUCCAAAUGUUUGAUGUGUUUGAUACUGUUCCAUUAAUUCCAUUCCAGCCAUUACAAUGAGCCUGUCCUCCUAUAGCUCCUCCCACCAGCCUCCUCUGACACAUACACACACGACAUGUUGUGAGAAAUUGUGAGAGAUGUUGUGUAGCAUAAUGCAUUCUGUGGUUGUCUCUCUGUUCAAGUAAAAUGAAGGGAUAUGUUUGUGUUGUUGGGACACGAUAAAGCUAGGUGGAAUUGGGUCUGUGACCACACCACAGGGGGAUUAGGGUUUGCUGAGACAGCAUCAAGCUGUGUGUGUGUGUGUGCGUGUGAAACUGUCCGAUCGGUUAAAAUGAUGACUCAAAACAGAGUCUCUGUCUCGACUCCUCCGACUCUCUACCCCUAUCCUCCUCUCCUGCGUACUAUAGACGGCCUGACGUCAUACAGCUCCCCUGAAGGUCAGCUGAUGAUGCCUCCUGGGUAUCCCAUUGCCAGCCUCAACGACUCCACAUACGACGGCGCCCACGAACGAAGGUAGGCCUGAUGCCUGCCUGCCUGCACACACACACACACACACACACACACACACACACACACACACACACACACACACACACACACACACACACACACACACACAAUGAACCAGUCCCACUGUAGGCAACAUCAGAUAUCAGAGACUUACAUUUCCAGAUGGAACAACAACCCAACACAUACUCAAUAGAAUUCGACCUGAAAUGCACUACAACUCUAUCCUUUACCCUGUUUUGGUUUUGUUUCCCCUCAAUAUGUAAAGCGCUUUGAGCACUGGAAAAACACUAUAUGAAUUAAAUCAAUUACUGUGCCUUCCUUCUCAAGGAAACUGUCUGGGGGGUUGGGUCAGCUGACGGACGGUGUGAUUGGUCAGGAUGACUUCCUGAGGACGCGGCAGUACCACGUGUGGCCUGGAUACGACUAUGUGGGCUGGAGGAACGGGAGUCUGGGCUCUGGCUAUGUGGAGAUGGAGUUUGUCUUUGACAAACAAAGGAACUUCACCUCCAUGAAGGUACUAAAGAGCAGUGGGGGGGCAAGGAAAGAGAUGGAAUGGGACAGAAGGGGUUAAGGACAGCGAAGGAAUGGGACAGAGAAGACAUGGGACAGACGAGGUUAAGGACAGAGAAGACAUGGGACAGACGAGGUUAAGGACAGAGAAGACAUGGGACAGACAAGGUUAAGGACAGAGAAGGCAUGGGACAGACGAUGUUAAGGACAGAGAAGGCAUGGGACAGACAAGGUUAAGGACAGAGAAGACAUGGGACAGACGAGGUUAAGGACAGAGAAGACAUGGGACAGACAAGGUUAAGGACAGAGAAGGUAUGGGACAGACGAUGUUAAGGACAGAGAAGGCAUGGGACAGACGAUGUUAAGGACAGAGAAGGCAUGGGACAGACGAUGUUAAGGACAGAGAAGGUAUGGGACAGACAAGGUUAAGGACAGAGAAGGCAUGGGACAGACGAUGUUAAGGACAGAGAAGGUAUGGGACAGACAAGGUUAAGGACAGAGAAGGCAUGGGACAGACGAUGUUAAGGACAGAGAAGGCAUGGGACAGACGAUGUUAAGGACAGAGAAGCGAGACAAGAGAGUAGGGGAAAGAUAGAGGAAGGACAAAGGAGAUGAAAAUAAUUGGAUUUCAUGUUCAUAUGAUGUGGUGUUCCGGUCUGUGUAACCUACUGGCCUGCAACAUUAAACGGGUAACUUUUGCCAAGUGUGACGAUCGCAUUCAUUUCAGCUUGGCGUAACCGUGCCGACUCAGCGAGAGGUUUGUGCUGCUCAGCAUAAAUUAUAUUUUGGUUUCAUUUUUAACAUUUCGAUGUGCAGCUCACGCCCGUGAACAAUAGGAUGAAGAGGCUCACGUUUUUCUCAUGCUGGUCAAAAGUUACACUGCUAAACUAAAACCUACUGACUUCCUAGUGUAGCUUGUCUGUAACUCUGGUCCUCCCUGAACAGGUGCACAGUAACAAUAUGUUCUACCGCGGGGUGAAGAUCUUCUCCUCCGUGUCGUGCUCUUUCAAGCCCCGCCUCAUCGCUAACUGGGAGGUGGAGCCGGUGGAGUUCCACACGGUGCUGGACGACCGCAACCCCAGCGCUCGCUACGUGACCGUGCCUCUGGGACGCCGUAAUGCCAAGGCCCUGCGCUGCCGUUUCCACUUCGCUGAUGUGUGGAUGAUGUUCAGCGAGAUCUCCUUCCAGUCAGGUAGGAGGGGAAGCAAAGAAAUAUCUCACAUGGAACGGAUCUACCGCUUAGUUACGGUUGACUUCCUUCCUUACUUCUCUUCAUCCCCUGUGGGACGUUAGGAUACAAUGAUUUCCUUCCAGCGCUCUCUGGCCUUGUACACAUGUUGAGCCCCGCCAGGCACGUUUCACUGGCAAACACUUAAAGACCUGUGCAAUAUGUAGAAACCGCCACGCCAUUUCCUGGUUUAAAAAAAUAUUCGAUGUUUGCCUGAUUUUAGUUUGUGACACGACAAGCACAAGCAAUGUGCAGAGAAUCAUUGUACCAUCUAAACCCCUGUGAAAUAUCAAUGUACCAUCUAAACCCCUGUGAAAUAUCAAUGUACCAUCUAAACCCCUGUGAAAUAUCAAUGUACCAUCUAAACCCCUGUGAAAUAUCAAUGUACCAUCUAAACCCCUGUGAAAUAUCAACGUACCAUCUGAACUCCUGUGAAAUAUCAAUUUACCAUCUAAACCCCUGUGAAAUAUCAAUGUACCAUCUAAACCCCUGUGAAAUAUCAAUGGACCAUCUAAACCCCUGUGAAAUAUCAAUGGACCAUCUAAACCCCUGUGAAAUAUCAAUGUACCAUCUAAACCCCUGUGAAAUAUCAACGUACCAUCUAAACUCCUGUGAAAUAUCAAUUUACCAUCUAAACCCCUGUGAAAUAUCAAUGUACCAUCUAAACCCCUGUGAAAUAUAUAUACUCUAAUGUUCAGUGUCAUAUGUGAAUACAGGUAACCACUUGAAGAGUUUUGUUCCAAAACGCUAACGUUAUAUAUCCAUUUUCUGAAAUGUUUGUAAAUUUGCUUUUAUUGUUCAAAGAACUUAUGAGAGAGAUUGGUGUGUUGUUUCACUAUAUAAUCAUGACAUGGGGUUGUUCAAUGACAGACAUGUACUGUAUUUGUUUAAAAUCUAUCACUUUAUGGUUUCAUUUCAGAUAAUCAUGUUUUUUUGCAAAUGCAAUAUCUGCCUCACUCUUGGAUAAAUAAGUGAACUGCUAGGUUAACUACAUUUGUUAUAAAGAAAUGUACAAAUGAUACAUUUGUGACAUCGAUAUUUAAAUGUUUUAAAUAAAUAAUUAAAUACAGUAAUAUGAGAUAUUUGUCAUUUAGCGGAUGCUCUUAUCCAGAGUGACUUACAGUUAGUGCAUUAAUCUUAAGAGACAACCACAUAUCACACUCAAAUAUACAGGAUACGAAGAUUCCAAUCCAGCUACACAUUUUAUAUACACUACAAGUCAAAGGUUUGGACACACCUACUCAUUCAUGGGAUUUUCUUAAUUUUUACUAUUUUCUACAUUGUAGAAUAAUAGUGAAGACAUCAAAACUAUGAAAAAAUAUAUAUGGAAUCAUGUAGUAACCAAAAAAGUGUUAAAAAAAAUAAAAAUAGAUUUUAUAUUUGAGAUUCUUCAAAGUAGCCACCCUUUGCCUUGAUGACAGCUUUGCACACUCUUGGCAUUCUCUCAACCAGCUUCAUGAGGUAGUCACCUGGAAUGCAUUUAAAUUAACAGGUGUGCCUUCUUAAAAGUUAAUUUGUGGAAUUUCUUCCUUCUUAAUGCGUUUGAGCCAAUCAGUUGUGUUGUGACAAGGUAGGGGGGGUAUACAGAAGAUAGGCCCUAUUUGGUAAAAGACCAAGUCCAUAUUAUGGCAAGAACAGCUCAAAUAAGCAAAGAGAAACGACAGUCCAUCAUUACUUUAAGACAUGAAGGUCAGUCAAUACGGAACAUUUCAAGAACUUUGAAAGUUUCUUCAAGUGCAGUCGCAAAAACCAUCAAGCGCUAUGAUGAAACUGGCUCUCAUGAGGACCACCACAGGAAUGGAAGUCCCAGAGUCACCUCUGCUGCAGAUGAUACGUUCAUUAGAGUUACCAGCCUCAGAAAUUGCAGCCCAAAUAAAUGCUUCACAGAGUUCAAGUCACAGACACAUCUCAACAUCAAUGUUCAGAGGGGACUGUGUGAAUCAGGCCUUCAUGGUCGAAUUGCUGCAAAGAAACAACUACUAAAGGACACCAAUAAGAAGAACAGACUUGCUUGGGCCAAGAAACAUGAGCAAUGGACAUUAGACAGGUGGAAAUGUGUCCUUUGGUCUGGAGUACAAAUUGGAGAUUUUUGGUUCCAACUUUGUGAGACGCGGUGUGGGUGAACGGAUGAUCUCCGCAUGUAUAGUUCCCACCGUAAAGCAUGGAGGAGAAGGUGUUAUGGUGUUGGGGUGCUUUGCUGGUGACACUGUCUGUGAUUUAUUUAAAAUUCAAGGCACACUUAACCAGCAUGGCUACCACAGCAUUCUGCAACGAUACGCCAUCCCACCUGGUUUGGGCUUAGUGGGACUAUCAUUUGUUUUUCAACAGGACAAUGAACCAACACACCUCCAGGCUGUGUAAGGGCUAUUUUACCAAGAAGGAGAGUGAUGGAGUGCUGCAUCAGAUGACCUGGCCUCCACAAUCCCCCGACCUCAACCCAAUUGAGAUGGUUUGGGAUGAGUUGGACCGCAGAGUAAAGGAAAAGCAGCCAACAAGUGCUCAGCAUAUGUGGGAACUCCUUCAAGACUGCUGGAAAAGCAUUCCAGGUGAAGCUGGUUGAGAGAAUACCAAGAGUGUGCAAAGCUGUCAUCAAGGCAAAGGGUGGCUAUUUGAAGAAUCUCAAAUAUAAAAUGUAUUUUGAUUUAUUUAACUAUUUCUUUGGUUACUACAUGAUUCCAUAUGUGUUAUUUCAUAGUUUUGAUGUCUUCACUAUUAUUCUACAAUGUAAAAAAAAUAGUAAAAAUAAAGAAAAACCCUUGAAUGAGUAAGUGUGUCCAAACUUUUGACUGUACAUAAAGCUUUUCACAAAGCAAACUUUCAUUACCAGAAUGAUAAUAUUUACACCUAUUUCCAACACAUGCGCACAAACACACAGACACAAAUCAUUUUUAAAACCAGCAGGGUAUAGCAUUUUGCUCAAAAAAAUACACAUAAAGUCUAUGAAUAAAAAAAUCUGAGAACAGUAAUAUUUUACACACACAUGAAGGUACCCAUAAGAAAUCAUUUCUGAUGAAAAAACACAAAUCUGAAACAUUUAUGUAAAUAGCGUUUUGGAAAUAAACUAAAUUUUUUGUUUUGUCCCACAGCAGACACUGUGAUUCCUACUCAGAUAACCCCUGUGGUGACAUCUCCCUGGCCCAAGGAGGAGAGCUCCCUGCCCACCACCCACAAGACUGGUAACCUUUCAACUCUCAGCUUCCCCUCUUCCAAUCCUUACCAUAACCAUUAAUGGGGAAAAUUUAAAACUGAGCGAAAAAAACUGAUCGAAAAAAAAAGGGUUCCAAAAGGGGUUUCCGGAUGUCCCCAUUGGAGAACACUUUUUGGUUCCAGGUAGAACCCGUUUUGGUUCCAGGUAGAACCCGUUUUGGGUUCCAUGUUGAACCCUCUGGGAAGGGUUUAUACAUGGAACCCAAUAGGGUUCUACCUGAAACCAAAAAGGGUUCUUAAAAGGGUUCUACUAUGGGGACAGCCGAAGAACCCUUUUAGGUUCUAGAUAGUUUAGGUGUUUUCUAAAAAUGUAACCCAACACUUCCCUUUUCCUAUGUAGCACCUCUGAAUAUUUCAACACUUUGUUUCAUUUCAGUCGUUUAAUUGUAGCUAAAAAAGUGUCAAAUAAGCUGAAGGAAAUGGAAUGGAUCCAUCUAACCUGCUUCUACUGUAUACAGUAUAGUUUCCACUAUGGAAAUAACUCAGUGACUUGAUUGUGUUAUGUCCUUGAUCGUUUUUUAAAUGUAUAUAUUACUGGCUGUAGGUCGAUGUAUUUUUUUCUUCAAAUAAAGUAAAUCAAUCAACUCCUUAACUCCUCCCCCUCAGCGACCAACCCAUCAGCCAAGGACCAACCGGAUGACGGGAACACCCCUAUUCUGAUUGGCUGUCUGGUGACGAUCAUCCUGUUGCUCGUAGUGAUCAUCUUCCUGAUCUUGUGGUGCCAGUAUGUGUGCAAGGUGCUGGAGAAGGUAGGACAGACUAUAUUCUGGAUACCCACAUUGGUCAUAACCCCCUUGACUAGCAGGUUGAACUGAGAAGGCAGCAUGGGAUGUGAAAGAAGUGAAGAGGAAAUUCAGUAACUUUUCAGCAACAAACCUGAUGAAGGCUAAGGGCCUGGAAAGUAUUAUUUUUUUUGGGGGGGGGAAAUCUAAAUAGAAUAAAGAAUCUGUCCGUUUUUUGCAUGGCCUGUGUCUUAAUCCACCGCAUCCUUCGAUGUUGGCCUUCCACACCGCGUCUCACAAAGACACGGCGGUUGGAACCAAAAAUCUCAAAUUUGGACUCCAGACCAAAGGACAAAUUUCCACCGGUCUAAUGUCCAUUGCUCGUGUUUCUUGGCCCAAGCAGGUCUCUUCUUCUUAUUGGUGUCCUUUAGUAGUGGUUUCUUUGCAGCAAUUUGACCAUGAAGGCCUGAUUCACACAGUCCCCUCUGAACAGUUGAUGUUGAGAUGUGUCUGUGACUAGAACUCUGUGAAGCAUUUAUUUGGGCUGCAAUUUCUGAGGCUGGUAACUCUAAUGAACUUAUCCUCUGCAGCAGAGGUAACUCUGAGUCUUCCAUUCCUGUGGCAGUCCUCAUGAGAGCCAGUUUCAUCAUAUCACUUGAUGGUUGUUGCGACUGCACUUGAAGUAAAGUUCUUGAAAUGUUCCAUAUUGACUGACCUUCAUGUCUUAAAGUAAUGAUGGACUGUCAUUUCUCUUUGCUUAUUUGAGCUGUUCUUGCCAUAAUAUGGACUUGGUCUUUCACCAAAUAGGGCUAUCUUCUGUAUACCCCCCUACCCUGUCACAACACAACAGAUUGACUCAAACGCAUUAAGAAGGAAAUAAAUUCCACAAAUUAACUUUUAAGAAGGCACACCUGUUAAUUGAAAUGCAUUUCAGGUGACUACCCCAUGAAGCUGGUUGAGAGAAUGCCAAGAGUGUGCAAAGCUGUCAUCAAGGCAAAGGGUUGCUACUUUGAAGAAUCUCAAAUAUAAAAUCUAUUUUGAUUUGUUUAACACUUUUUUGGUUACUACAUGAUUCCAUAUGUGUUAUUUCAUAGUUUUGAAAAUAGUACAAAUAAAGAAAAACCCUUGAAUGAGUAGGUGUGUCCAAACAUUUGACUGGUACUAUAUAUAUAAUUUAUUGAUCUUUCUUAUAUCUAUCAGAUAUUGGACAGACACUUCAAAACAAACUUCCUUUUGAUAUAUUUCUGGACUAUCUGUUUUACCAUGUAUGAAUUUCAUUCAAUGCAUAUCUAUGCGUAUCUAAGGCGAAAUUCAAUGUUUUAUUAAAUCAUUGUUGUAUAUAUAUUUUUUAUACUUACAGGGGUCCUAACAUUCCACAUCAAAUAGCUAAAUGAUACUUUUUUAUGACCAUCUUAAAACAAUUCCAUAUGUUAGCUCAGUAGAAAUCCAACCCCCCGGGGCCCUUACACCUUAGUGCAUUUAAGGGUUUUAUAAACCAAAUUCCACAGCCCUCCAAGAGAUGCUGAGUUUCCUCCUCACUUCAAUUUGCUCCUUAAUUUAUGCGCCUUGAAGAGGGAGGUAGCGGUAAUGUUCCCUUCCCUAAAGACCCUGAUCCCUGCCUGCCUCCCUCCCCAGGCUCCACGCCGUAUCCUCGAGGAGGAGGUCACCGUGCGCCUGUCCUCCAGUAGUGACACCAUUAUUCUGCAGACCCCUCCCGUGCCCCCCCGGGUCUCUCAGAUGGACCACCCGUACGAGCGCGUCUUCCUCCUGGACCCUCAGUACCAAGACCCAGCCGGCCUCAGGAACAAGCUGCCUGAACUGUCUCAGAGUGCAGAGACCUCAGGUAAACGCCUCUCCUUUUCUCUCUUCCUCUCCUUUCUCCUCCCCCCUUCCUCUUUCUUUCAAUCAAAGGAUCCGUGUUACUUCUUAGUCCUUAUAGUUUGCAUGGUGCUGUGACUGUUACUUGCUUCUCCUGCCUUACAAAUCAAACUUGUUGAUCAUGCCGGCUGCUACUCUUGAUUCUCAAUAUUCUCUGGAAUGUUGUAUGCUAUGCAUGCUGAUCUGUUGCUCAGUUCUCUCUCUUCUUUACCUUCCAGUCCUCCUCCCUCUCCCUCUACCGUCUAGCCCUAUGCCUCAGAAAAUCCUGUCUAUGACCUCUUCCUGACCUCUCGUCACGACCGAAGGCCCCUCUCGUGGUAAGAGGUGAAAGGUGUGCCAAUAUGAAGAGCCGGAAUGGCCGCCCGAGGAUGAGUGGAAAUGUUGACUGUGUUAUUUACAUAAUGCCAGUGUCUCUUUGUAUUUCCGUUUUACUAUCAGGACUAUAACAUCAGAACGAUAUAGAAUAGUAUAGUGGUGGGGAGGGGGAAUGUCCACCUUGUCAGGAUUUGAGUCUAUAGUCCCUUCUGCGUUCCUGUCUGGGACUGCCAGGGUCUGUUACUGUCUGGGACUGCCAGGGUCUGUUACUGACUGCCAGGGUUUGUUACUGUCUGGGACUGCCAGGGUCUGUUACUGUGUGGGACUGCCAGGGUCUGUUACUGACUGGGACUGCCAGGGUCUGUUACUGUCUGGGACGCCAGGGUCUGUACUGUCUGGGACUGCCAGGUCUGUUAACUGUUGGGACUGCAGGGUCUGUACUGACUGGGACUGCCAGGGUCUGUUACUGUCUGGGACUGCAGGGUUGUACUGUCUGGGACUGCCAGGUCUGUUACUGUCUGGGACUGCCAGGGUCUGUUACUGACUGCCAGGUUUGUUACUGUCGUGGGACUGCCAGGGUCUGUCUGUCUGGACGGCCAGGGUUUGUUACGACUGGGACUGCCAGGGUCUGUUACUGUCGGGACUGCCAGGGUCUGUUACUGACUGGGACUGCCAGGGUCUGUUACUGACUGGGACUGCCAGGGUCUGUUACUGUCUGGACUGCCAGGGCUGUUACUGUCUGGGACUGCCAGGGUCUGUUACUGUCUGGGACUGCCAGGGUCUGUUACUGACUGGGACUGCCAGGGUCUGUUACUGACUGGGACUGCCAGGGUCUGUUACUGUCUGGGACUGCCAGGGUCUGUUACUGACUGCCAGGGUUUGUUACUGUCUGGGACUGCCAGGGUCUGUUACUGUCUGGGACUGCCAGGGUUUGUUACUGACUGGGACUGCCAGGGUCUGUUACUGUCUGGGACUGCCAGGGUCUGUUACUGACUGGGACUGCCAGGGUCUGUUACUGACUGGGACUGCCAGGGUCUGUUACUGUCUAGGACUGCCAGGGUCUGUUACUGUCUGGGACUGCCAGGGUCUGUUACUGUCUGGGACUGCCAGGGUCUGUUACUGACUGGGACUGCCAGGGUCUGUUACUGACUGGGACUGCCAGGGUCUGUUACUGACUGGGACUGCCAGGGUUUGUUACUGACUGCCAGGGUUUGUUACUGUCUGGGACUGUUCUCAUUUCAUCCUUAGCUUUAUGAUUCUGGGACCGUGUUCAAAACGUAGAGUAGGACUGCUGCUCUAGGAUCAGUUUAGCCUUUUAGAUCAUAAUGAAUGAUAAUAAGAUUACUUGGACAAGGGGGACCUGAUCCUAGAUCCUAGAUCAGCACUCCUGCUCUGAGAUGCUUUAUGAAUACAGGACCUGGUUAUCAAACAGUCAGGAGCUUAGCCCAAACUUUCACUCUCUCUUUGUCUUUCCCCGUCUCUCCCCUCCUCCCCUCCUCCCCCUCUCUCCUCCUCCCCCUCUCUCCUCCUCCUCCUCCCCCUCUCUCCUCCUCCCACUCUCUCCUCCUUCUCUUCAAAUCCUCCUCGUUCCCUCUUCCGCCCUAACAUUCUCCUUCCUCCUCCUCAUCCUCCCUAACAUUCUCCUUCCUCCUCCUCAUCCUCCCUAACAUUCUCCUUCCUCCUCCUCAUCCUCCCUAACAUUCUCCUUCCUCCUCCUCAUCCUCCCUAACAUUCUCCUUCCUCCUCCUCAUCCUCCCUACCUUCCUUCCUCACAUUCUCCUCCUCCCCCUCUCUCCUCCUCCUCCUCUUCCUCCCUAACAUUCUCCUUCCUCCUCCUCCCGCUCUUCCUCAUCCUCCUCCUCCUCAGCGUGUGGUGGGGGCUAUGCGGAGCCCGAUGUCACCCAGUGCACGCCUCAUCAGUGCUUCCAGAGCAGCGUGCCGCACUACGCCGAGACAGACAUCGUGAGCCUGCAGGGUGUGACGGGCAGUAACAUGUAUGCCGUGCCAGCGCUCACCGUCGACUCGCUCACCCGCAAGGACAUCUCCGUGGCAGAGUUUCCCCGCCACCGGCUGCUCUUCAGGGAGAAGCUGGGGGAGGGACAGUUUGGAGAGGUGAGGACCUUCGUACUGUAUAAGUUCUUGUUGACAUACACACAGACAACUGCAGAUUAGUAAAGUAUUUUUGGAGUCCCUAAUCUAAAGUGAGCGCUAUCUAUACUUUUUAAAGAGUUUAUAAAUGUUUUGAGUGACCAGUGUAAUGUCUCACAAAAAGAUGGGCAUGCCAUUGGUAGACAUUCCUGCAGUACCUGGUAAAAUAACAAGCUUACAACACAGGAUGUUUAAUGAACUAUAUGCAUGUGUGAAUAACUAGCUUACUAACAUUUACAAAUGUGGGAGUAAUGAUUAAUAAAUGAUGAGCAAACUGUUUGCAAAUGAUUAUAAAUGGUUUAUUAUGGACCCUGUGCAGGUCCACCUGUGUGAGGCUGAGGGUCUGCCUGAGUUUCUGGGGGAGGGCGCCCCCCUUCCCGACCGGGAUGGACGGCCUGUACUGGUGGCAGUGAAGCAACUGAGGGCGGACGCCACGAACAACGCCAGGUGUGUGUGUGUGUGUUUGUUUUGUGUUCACCAGGUGUGUGUGUGUGUUUGUUUUGUGUUCACCAGGUGUGUGUGUGUUUGUUACUGUGCAUAUUGAAAGUCUUAUAGAGCAAAGAUGACAGAAUUGUUUGAUCACAGUCAUUUCUGCUCUCACAAGAACAUGUGAAUAUUCCUACUUACAGUACACUAUGUGUAUGCAGAGCUACGUUCUUCCUACUUACUGUACACUGUGGGUAUGCAGAGCUACGUUCUUCCUACUUACUGUACACUGUGGGUAUGCAGAGCUACGUUCUUCCUACUUACAGUACACUGUGGGUAUGCAGAGCUACGUUCUUCCUACUUACUGUACACUGUGGGUAUGCAGAGCUACGUUCUUCCUACUUACUGUACACUGUGGGUAUGCAGAGCUACGUUCUUCCUACUUACAGUACACUAUGUGUAUGCAGAGCUACGUUCUUCCUACUUACUGUACACUGUGGGUAUGCAGAGCUACGUUCUUCCUACUUACAGUACACUGUGGGUAUGCAGAGCUACGUUCUUCCUACUUACUGUACACUGUGGGUAUGCAGAGCUACGUUCAUCCUACUUACUGUACACUGUGGGUAUGCAGAGCUACGUUCUUCCUACUUACAGUACACUAUGUGUAUGCAGAGCUACGUUAUUCCUACUUACUGUACACUGUGGGUAUGCAGAGCUACGUUCUUCCUACUUACUGUACACUGUGGGUAUGCAGAGCUACGUUCUUCCUACUUACAGUACACUGUGGGUAUGCAGAGCUACGUUCUUCCUACUUACUAUACACUGUGGGUAUGCAGAGCUACGUUCUUCCUACUUACUGUACACUGUGGGUAUGCAGAGCUACGUUCUUCCUACUUACAGUACACUAUGUGUAUGCAGAGCUAUGUUCUUCCUACUUACAGUACACUAUGUGUAUGCAGAGCUACGUUCUUCCUACUUACAGUACACUAUGUGUAUGCAGAGCUACGUUCUUCCUACUUACUGUACACUGUGGGUAUGCAGAGCUACGUUCUUCCUACUUACUGUACACUGUGGGUAUGCAGAGCUACGUUCUUCCUACUUACAGUACACUGUGGGUAUGCAGAGCUACGUUCUUCCUACCUACUGUACACUGUGGGUAUGCAGAGCUAUGUUCUUCCUACUUACAGUACACUGUGUGUAUGCAGAGCUACGUUCUUCCUACUUACUGUACACUGUGGGUAUGCAGAGCUACGUUCUUCCUACUUACUGUACACUGUGGGUAUGCAGAGCUACGUUCUUCCUACUUACUGUACACUGUGGGUAUGCAGAGCUACGUUCUUCCUACUUACAGUACACUGUGGGUAUGCAGAGCUACGUUCUUCCUACUUACUGUACACUGUGGGUAUGCAGAGCUACGUUCUUCCUACUUACUGUACACUGUGGGUAUGCAGAGCUACGUUCUUCCUACUUACUGUACACUGUGGGUAUGCAGAGCUACGUUCUUCCUACUUACAGUACACUGUGUGUAUGCAGAGCUAUGUUCUGACCUGUGGUAUUCUAACCCCCUCCCCAACACACAGGUACGACUUCUUGAAGGAGAUCAAGAUCAUGUCGAGGCUCAACGACCCCAACAUCAUCCAGUUGCUGUGUGUGUGUGUGAGCUCGGACCCCCUGUGCAUGGUGACUGAGUACAUGGACAACGGAGACCUCAACAUGUUCCUGUCCCAGAGAGAGAUGGAGAGCACUCUGACCCAUGCCAACAACAUCCCCUCGGUCAGGUGAGACCAUCCCCCUCUCACCACGCCCACUCCUUGGUCUCCUCCCCUCUCGCCAUGCCCACUCCUCGGUCUCCUCCCCUCUCACCGCGCCCACUCCUCGGUCUCCUCCCCUCGCCAUGCCCACUCCUCGGUCUCCUCCCCUCUCGCCACGCCCGCUCCUCAGUCUCCUACCCUCACCACACCCACUCCUCGGUCUCUUCCCCUCUCACCACACCCACUCCUCGGUCUCCUCCCCUCUCAUCACACCAACUCCUGGGUCUCCUCCCCUCUCACCACACCCACUCCUCGGUCUCCUCCCCUCUCACCAUGCUCCUCCUCAGUCUCCUCCCCUCUCACCACACCAACUCCUGGGUCUCUUCCCCUCUCACCACGCUCUUCCUCGGUCUCCUCCCCUUUCACCACGCUCCUCCUCGGUCUCCUCCCCUCUCACCACGCUCAUCCUUGGUCUCCUCCCCUCUCACCACGCCCACUCCUCAGUCUCCUCCCCUCUCACCACACCCGCUCCUCUGUCUCCUCCCCUCACCACACCCACUCCUCGGUCUCCUCUCCUCUAACCACACCCACUCCUCGGUCUCCUCCCCUCUCACCACACCCACUCCUCUGUCUCCUCCCUUCUCAUCACACCAAGUCCUGGGUCUCCUCCCCUCUCACCACACCCACUCCUCGGUCUCCUCCCCUCUCAUCACACCAACUUCUGGGUCUCCUCCCCUCUCACCACACCCACUCCUCGGUCUCCUCACCACGCUCCUCCUCGGUCUCCUCCCCUCUCACCACGCCCACUCCUCGGUCUCCUCCCCUCUCACCACACCCGCUCCUCGGUCUCCUCCCCUCACCACACCCACUCCUCGAUCUCCUUCCCUCUCACCACAUUCCUCCUCUGUCUCCUCCCCUCUCACCACGCUCUUCCUCGGUCUCCUCUCCUCUCACCACACCCACUCCUCGGUCUCCUCCCCUCUCACCACACCCACUCCUCGGUCUCCUCUCCUCUCACCACACCCACUCCUCGGUCUCCUCCCCUCUCACCACACCCACUCCUCGAUCUCCUUCCCUCUCACCACAUUCCUCCUCUGUCUCCUCCCCUCUCACCACGCUCUUCCUCGGUCUCCUCCCCUCUCACCACGCUCCUCCUCGGUUUCCUCCCCUCUCACCACGCUCCUCCUGGCUUGGGAGGUCCAGAUUUGAAUUGGCCUGAAUUAACCAAUUCUCUCACCCAUAGAAAUCAAGGUAAAUGACUCAAUGAUUCUAUUACUACAGUAUGCCCUCACCCACCCACACCCUCACUUCCUCCAACACCAUUGUUGUACAUUGAUGUCUUCCUAAGCUAACACAUUGGUUCUCUCUCUCUCUCUUCGCUAUCUUUCUCUCUCUCUUUGCUAUCUCUCCUCUCGCUCUCUUCGCUAUUCUCUCUCGAUCUCUGCAUCUCUCUCAUUCUGCUAUCUCUCUUCUCUCUCUCUUCGCAUAUUCUUCUAUCUCUCUUAUCUCGCUAUCUCUGCUCUCCUAUCUCUUCCUCUCUCUCCUCCCUGCUAUCUCUCUCCAUCUCUCUUUUCGCUAUCUCUCCUCUCUUGCUCUCUCUCUCUCUUCGCUAUCUCUCCACUCUCUCUUUGCUAUCUCUCCUCUCCCCCUCCCUCUCUCUCUUCUCUCUCUUCGCUAUCUCUCCUCUCUCUCUCUCUUCGCUAUCUCUCCUCUCUCUUCGCUAUCUCUCCUCUCUCUCUCUCUUCGCUAUCGCUCCUCUCUCUGCUAUCUCUCUCCAUCUCUCUCUUCGCUAUCUCUCUCUCUCUCUCUCUUCGCUAUCUCUCCUCUCUCCUCUCUCUCUUUGCUAUCUUUCCUCUCUCCCUCUUUCUCUCCCCUCCCUCUCUCUCCCCUCUCUCUCUCUCUCUGUCGCUUCGCUAUCUCUCCUCUCUCUCUCUCUUUACUAUCUCCCCUCUCUCUCUCUCUCCCCCUCUCUCUCUCUCUCUGUCGCUUCGCUAUCUCUCCUCUCUCUCUCGCUCUCCUCUCUCUCUCUCUCUCUGUAGUUUGUCAGACCUCCUGCACAUGUCAGUACAGAUCUCGUCCGGCAUGCGCUACCUGGCCUCUCUGAACUUUGUGCACCGAGACUUGGCCACACGUAACUGCCUGCUGGACCGCAGACUCACCAUCAAGAUAGCAGACUUCGGCAUGAGCAGGAACCUGUACAGUAGUGACUACUACCGCAUCCAGGGGCGAGCCGUGCUGCCCAUCCGCUGGAUGGCCUGGGAGAGCAUUCUACUGGUGAGAAAGGAUAAUACUUUAGGGUCAUUCCACAAAAUGAGUCCCUUUUGGGUAGUUAACGUGGUGAAAAAAAUUCACAAAAUGUUAACAUUCUGUCAUGACAAGCACAUGUUCAACCUAAUAAAAACAUGUUUUCCAUCUCAAGAGGUUAAAUAAAAAAAAUGACUAUAGUAAGUGCCAAAUAUGCUUAUUAAUUGCCAAAUAAAGUAAGAGAGUUGACCGUCACAGGGGGUUGACCGUAAGAGAGUUGACCGUCACAGGGGGUUGACCGUAAGAGAGUUGACCGUCACAGGGCCAUAAAUCCCCUUGUGACAGGGGGAAUGGAAGCGUGUUGUGUGCAACAGGGGAGGGGCAAUUGAAUGCAAGCUUUACAAAAAAAAUGUAAGACCCUGGCGGACUGCCAGUAAAAUAACAUUUCUAGCCUGUCUAUCUAUGGGGAACAGGUUUGACGUAUUAUGCUUGACCCUCUCAGUUUGGCCAAAAAGAGUAGAACCAGCUCACCUGCUUUUAUAGUAUAAUUUGACUAUUAGAUGUUCGAUGUUUCUAUUUAAAAAAAUAUUUAAAAAGGAAUAGUUUCACCUUAUUAAAAAAGAUAGUUCAGUUCACGUUACAGGGUUGACUUUAAAAUGAGGGACAUGUUUGUUUUUUUUACAUACAAAUUAAUCUUUAGAAAUGAAUCAUCUUAACAAAAUAAUAGGGCUUUACUAUGAUGGUGUUGCUCUGAACCAGAGCAUGUGAGCUGGGUUGAGCCGUUGGACCGCUCCAGCGCUCCACGUCCUUUCCAACUGCUCUGCUAAAAACCGCUCCAUGCUCACAAGAAAAAGAAACUGCCGCUCCAAAUUCGCUCCAUUCAUUAAAAUCACAAUUUAACCAACACCGAUCUAUUUUUGUGACUACCUGGACCUACCAUUUUUGUUUUGAAGUGUUGAAAUGAAUGGUAUUGAAUGGUAUGGAAUGAAAAGUAUUUGAAUAAACAUGAUAAGGUGACUGUAAGAAGCGCACAUCAUUUCAAAUAGGCUACAUGUCAUAUUAAACAGCAUAUAAACACUCUAAAUAGGCCAGGAGCCAGACAGGGAGCCUAAGAAGGAACGAAAAUGAAUUAUUUAGGCUACAUUAUUUCAAGGCUAUAGCCUACAAAGAAAUACAUUGUGAAGCAUUAGCGAGUGUGACGCAAUAGACUGGUAGGGACAUUAAGCGCUAAGCAUUUAAACAUUUUCGUUGUAUUAAAUCAUUAUGGUCUAUAAAUUGUGCAUAUAGGCUGUGACUUACUUAGAAUUAAAUACAAAUGUAAAACGAAAAAAUGACUUAUUAGUGCCUUUUUGAAUUCAUUUUUAGAAUUCCUUUUUAGAAACACGCGUUUGGCCAGUCUGUGGCUUCAGGCUCAUGCGAUGGUGCCUGAAGAGCCGGCCAGCGGCGGAUAAUAUCCUCUCCACCCCUGAAGAGCCGGCCAGCGGCGGAUAAUAUCCUCUCCACACUUGCAGAGCCACUGGGGAUGCUAAACACCCUUUUGGACACUCUUGCCAGGGUAGACCUAAAGUCUCGUCCAAAACAACACAGUCUGGUUCCAGUCUACACAAAACAACACAGUCUGGUUCCAGUCUACACAAAACAACACAGUCUCGUCCAAAACGGAGAUUUGCGAGAUGAUAGGAAAAAAUUGUGUCACGUAAUGAAGGGUACCCUAACAGUUUUCCUUGGGUUGGGUUUAUUUCAAUCCUGCCCACAGCUGGCAGCACCCAAGUAAUCAUCAAUUCGGAGCACAGCUGCACAUGACCUGAUGGUAAUGCCUAUGGUAAAUUUGGUUUGACAUUGGAUAUCCCUAUGGUGCUAGUGAGGUACCAUCAGUAAAUUACACAAUGUACAUGGGACAAUAUUAAGAAAUGUCAAUAGCUUCUAAUUUCUAUGAUCUCAAACCGACAACAAAUUGUAGAAAUUAAUUUACAAAUAUUGAAAGCAUUUAAUAACACAACUAAAAGAUGUACAACAUGAAAAUGGGGUCCCAUUUACAUUGUGUAAUUUAUUGACAGUCCCUAACUAGCCCCAGAGAUAGACUAUCCAAAGUCAAACCAACUUUGCCAUGGGUCGCACACCAGCCAGGCUGAAGCUAAUUGGUGAAAGAAGUUUUGGCAGAGUGAAUGUAGAAACAUUUGCCACGUGCGAACACACACACACACACACAAGAGACACCCACAUUAAACCAACCCACAAGACAACUCUUGUUUGGCUUCAGUCAUGGCCGCUGCAUUUCUUAAUGACCAAGCCGAAAAACGAUGCCAAAUCAGAAAGUUCAGCCCCCUUUUUCUGAUACUUUUUCUGGAAGAUGUUUUCUAAGACCCCCUUUCCAUCUGUUUGAUGAAAAAUCAAAGCCUUUGCUUAUUCCCAAUUUUUAGGAUAGAAAAUGAUUGAAAAAUGUGCUGUGUAUAUAUGGCUUAAUUUCACAUUGAAACAGUGGUGUUGAGUGGAUGAGAGAUAGAGAUUAUGUAAAUGUGAAUAUAAAUGUGUUUCCUGAAAAGCUCAUUCAGAACUCUUAUGGAAGCUAUAGGCAACCAUUUUGAGUAGUUAAGUCAACCUUUAUUUGGCUACAUCUGGGUCCUAUGCAUUAGUGCACACCAUAGCAAAACACUUAUGAAAACCUGUCCCCCAACCCUGUUUGUCUAUUGUCUUCAGUUUGGUGCCUAAUCAAUACCACUCAGAUAGAUCCCGUGGGUGUUGGUGUGAGGUUUAGGGUGAAGUUGUCCCUUGACGCUGAUCUUGGGGUCAGUUUUUGCAUUUUCCGCACUAAUAGCUACGGUCAGGAUUGGGGGAGGAAAAGCUGAUCCUAGAUCUGUACCUAAGGGAAACUUCACCAUCUGUGUGGUUCCUCUCCAGGGAAAGUUCACCACGGCCAGUGAUGUGUGGGCCUUUGGCGUCACCCUGUGGGAGAUCUUCACUCUGUGUAAAGAGCAGCCCUACAGCCUACUGUCAGACGAACAGGUCAUCGAAAACACUGGCGAGUUCUUCCGAAACCAGGGCAGACAGGUAAGUGAUUUAAUUGAUUUAAUUUAUCCAUUCAUUCAUUUAUACAUGGGGGGGACAAAAACAUUGAAAACGUCAAGUGUUUAGUUAUGAGAACAAUACAUUGGGAAUUAAAAGAGCUUAAGCCCUUCUUAAAUGGAGAGAUUGUUAUUGGGUACACUCUUAGAAAAAAGGGUUAUUCGGCUGUCCCCAUAAGAGAACCGUUUUUGGUUACGGAAAGGUUCUACCUGGAAGGGUUUCCUAUGGGGACAGCCAAAUAACUAUUUUAGGUUUUAGAUAUAAACUUUUUUUCUAAGAGUGUAGAGAGAAGAGGGCGGCAGGUAGCUUAGCGGUUAAGAGCGUAGUGCCAGUAACCGAAAGGUCGCUGGUUCUAAUCCCCGAGCCGACUAGGAGAAAAAUCUGUCUGUGCCCUUGAGCAAGGCACUUAACCCUAAUUGCUCCUGUAAGUCGCUCUGGAUAAGAGCAUCUGCUAAAUGACUAAAAAUGUAAAUGUAAAAAAAAAAAGAGGGGUAUCCAGGUACUGGAUUCAUCAAUGCAUAGGAUAAAACAUGUAAUUAGGUGGAGUAGCUUAGCUUUGUCUCACAUUCAACGAUAUGUAAUUAUUUUCCAUAUGGGUCAAAUAUUAUUUUAGUCUUGUGCUCAAAUUGUGUCAUCCUGCAUGCAUAGUAAACUCCAUUAUAUAUCUGGACCUAACAGUAAUGUUUUGGCACCCCAUUUCCCCAUCCACCCCAUUUCCCCAAUUUUCUUCUAGAUCUUCCUCUUCGCCCCACCGCUCUGUCCUCCCUCUCUAUUUGAGCUGAUGAUGCGUUGUUGGGACCGCGACAUCGCCGAUCGACCCACCUUCGAGGGGUUGUACCAGGCCUUACGACCACACGUGGUCCAGUGA